AUGCCCGUGCGAUUAUUGUCCGACCGGACCCUCCUGGUCGAUGCCGAUGUCAAGGCAGACGUCAGACCUACUUAUCGUCAGUCUUACUGCAUCAGCUCGCACCAUGCUGCCCGUCCGCCUGCCCUCGUCGCCAUGUCCCUCCCAGCACUGCAAACCGCCCUCGUCCAGACCCCCCUCGCCUCCGGCAUCGACCUGCCCCUCACCAUCAACCAUGAAACCCCCAUCCCCAAAGCCCCAACCGAGCACCAUGUGCUCGUCCGCGUCCUGGCCGUGGCGCUGAACCCUAACGACCACAAGAUGAUCACCCACCUCAACAUGCCCGGCGGCGUCGCAGGCUGUGACUUCUGCGGCCUGGUCGAGCCAUCACCAGACGGCCACACCGUGCCUCGCUUCCCCGCCGGCACCAGAGUCUGCGGCGCCCUCUUCGCGUAUAAUCCGGCGCACCGCAACAACGGCUCCUUCGCCCAGUGGCUCGUCGCCGACUCCCGCCUCCUCGUCAAGGUCCCCGACGCCUGGACCGACUUCGAGGCCGCCUCCCUGGGCGUGGGCUGGUCCACCCUGUGCCUGGCCUUCUCCGACCCCGACGCCCUGGCACUAGAGGGCCUCCCAACGCAGCCCACCCAUAAGACAAGAGACCCAGUGCUCGUCUACGGCGGCGGCACAGCGUCAGGCACCCUCGCCUGCCAACUCCUAACCUUAAUGGGAUACACCCCGCUAGCAGUCGCAUCCGAGCGCUCCUUCGCGCUCGCCAGGAGCUACGGCGCCGCCGCAACAGCCAGCUACACCUCCAAGGACUGCGUGGGCACCAUCAAAUCCCUGACCGAAAGGCCCAUCCGCCACGUCCUCGACUGCAUCACCGACAUCGAGUCCGUGCCGAUCUGCUUCUCUGCGCUGGCGCGCACGGGCGGCCGCUACGCCUGUCUCGAGGAGUGCCCUGCCGCGUGGCGCACCCGGCGCGCCGUCCGCGUGAAGGAGGUGAUGGGGUUUCAGGUGUUGGGGGUUGAUAUGGAUCUCGGAGAGUCGACGUAUACGAGGCCGAGGAGCCAGCGGCUGAUGGAUAUUGGGAUGGUGUGGGCGAGGGAGAUGGAGGUGUUGAUGGAGACGGGGAGGAUUAGGGCGCAUCCGGUGAGGGAGGUGGAAGGCGGGUUUGAAGGGAUUGUGAGCGGGUUGGAGAUGUUGAGAAAGGGCGAGGUCAGGGGCCAGAAGCUCGUUGUGAGGAUUCCGGUUUAG